AUGGGAGGUCAUUCCAAGCUUUUUCUCCUUUCAAGUUCGAGACGUUACGUCAGAGUCGAUCACAUGACGAGAAGUCUCACCAAAUUACAUGCAGAAGAAGAUGAGGAACUAGCAAGUUAUUUUUCGUCCAGGCAUUCCCAAUCCCAAUCUCAAUGUAAUUUACUUGAUCAAGAAGACAAUCGACGAGUGACGAAGCACUCUGGUGUGAAUGACCCUAGCCAGAGAGCAUUACCACACGCUCAGGGACACUAUCAAGUCUUUCAUUCUGAGAAACCUUUCCAAGACAUUGCAUCUCCAGGACAUUUAGAAUCUCUAAGUGAAAAUAAUGAAUUCACUGGAGAGAAAUGGGCUGAACCCCGUGAACAACCUCCAAAGACAAAUUUACAAAGGUCGCCAUCUUCCUAUGAAAUUCAUCAGUUAUCUCCUAGCAAACAGAAUGUUGUUUCUGGUAGAGGGUACUCCUGUCAAAGAAGCCAAUCAGAUUUGCAUUUGUCGCAGGAUAAAAAAUUAACAAAUAAGCAAAAUAAUGAUUGUGAUAGUAAUCUUUACCAAGUGCAGUCUGUUUCACAUGAACAUUAUUCCCCUCGAACUUUCACUCGAGAACCACGCAGAAAUCGGAACUCUUUUCAUGAGUCUUCGCAUUCUUUUGCUGAUAACUCAGGCACUAGUACUGCAUCUUCAAGAAGAUACAGUACAGACUGUGGAAAGUGGACUCCUUCUGACAUUGAAAAUCAAAAUAAAUCUCUAUCAGGUAGCCUUACGUGGAAAAAGCCAAAAGAUUUGUUUUCACAGUCUGAAUGGAAUAAAGAGAAUGUUGAUUCAGAAAAUGGGAUAUACCAGGUUUCAGAUGAACAAAAAGGAGAAAAUCAGGGAGGAGUUAUGAGUUUUGCUAAUUUGUCAAAGCAAAAGAAUAAUUCUGGUUCAGCCAUAAAUAUUGUUUACAUGCACCAAGACCACGAAAGUGAUCUAGGAACUUAUAAAAAGCCUACUAGACCUGGUUACUUACAUAUCAAUAAGUCUCAUCCAUCUAUGGAUGGAAAUAGUCCUACAUCUAGCCAUGCUAAUUCUUCAGACUGGAUAAAAUGCAAUGACAAUAAGAACCAGUCUGUUACAGAUUCCUCUGUAGCUGCUCAAAUGCAUGAUAUCCGAUUAAAGUUAGAAGAAAAAAGAAAGAGAAUUGAACAUGAAAAAGCUCUGCUUGAAAAAUUAUCUAAAAAGCAAAGAGAAAAAAUGGGUAAAGCAGCUUUUAUGCAAGCUGUUAAAGGUGGAAGCUCUAGUGCACUAAACAGGGAUGAUUUUUACAGCAAAAAUCGCCAAUUUUCUGUCGAAGAUCUUUCUGAUGAAUUGGAUACAGUUCGAAGAAAGUGGCUGGAAAGGAAAAAUGCUGAAGAUUUUGAAAAUGAAAUACCAUCUGAUGAUAUUCAAAUGUCAAUUGAACAGCUAAAUUCUAGCUUAUCAGACUUACAGUUUGAUAUUUCCCGAUUAACGGAACAGCAAGAGAUGAUACAAAAACUUCUAAAAAACAAUACUCCUCCUCAAAAUGAUAUUCAGUCACAUUUUCCUCAUGACCAAAAUAUUAACUCCCAGAACAAAAUUCCAAGCAAAUGGGCUGAACCAGUAAACUCAUUUCAGAAUAAUUCUCCCAUGUAUUCUCAAAAUGUGAUGCCCGAAAUUGCUCCUCACAUUGGAAGUCGUGGACAUUGGGGUCAACCAGUUAUUCCUUUUGGAGGUUUCCCUCAGCAGCAGCAGCAACAACCUCAACAUCAAAAUAUUCCAAUGUGGCAACAAUCAUCACAUUCUGUUAGAUCCUCCUCUGUAGAUCCACAAAUGAUGUAUGGACAACCUAUGAAUAUGUCAUCUCAAAUGUAUGACAAUGUUCCAUUUAAUCAGGGCUUUUCGCUUCAUCCACAGAAUAUGCCAUCUUCCAACUAUAAUAAUUAUUACCCAUCAAGUUCUUACUAUUCAAAUGAGCCUCAAACAAACAAUAUCCAUGCUCAAGGACAAUAUCCUUAUUCUAAUUUUCAACAAACAAACUAUCCAGUUAUGCAAAAUACUUUUACUAGAAGUAUGAGUCAAGGCUUAAAUCGUUCUGACUCGAGAGGCUUUCAUUUGCAUCGCAAUCCUUCUGAACCUUAUCUUGCUGAUGUGCCUGAUAAUUAUCCUCGCACAAUUACCCACAGUCCCUCUGCUAACCAAUUUGAUAUUUAUCCUUCAAAUUCUGCAUCUGACAUAAUGAAUCACAGGAACAAUGCUUUAGAAGUUUCAACUGAUGAAUUUGGGCGUCAUGUUCGUAAUUCAGAAUUACAGCAUUCCCCACCUAAUAGGCCUGUUCUUGGUAAAACUUUUAGGGUAAAUAAAUCUAAAGUAGCUUCACCAACUUCCCCCAAUUAUAAACAAAAUCCUUCUUUUGGUCAGUCUCUACCUGAAGAACAGCCUGAAAUGCAAGAACAAACAGAGUCAAAAACUAAUACUGAGAAUGAAAAUCAGCCAAAAGAUAAAGGAUUUUACAUUUCUUUUGAAGAAGAACCCCGUAAACCCAAGCCAAAAUUAAAGCCAAAGCAUCUCAAAGCUCGUAAUCAACAAAAGAAAAUAGAUAAUGAGUCCCGUAAAGCAGAAUCUUGUAAUGAACAAUCUCACUCUAAUCCAAACACAGAAACCUGUUUCAGGAAACGGUGGGAUAAAAAUAGUUCUGAAGAUAAUACUGGCGAACUGGAAAAUGCUAAACAAGAUGAAUGUGCAUCUGAAACCUCUGAACAGAGCAGUGAAACAUCACAUUCUUGCCCUCCGCCAAAUUCUAGUGUUGGCUUUGUCGUGGGUCCUGGACCUGUUGAAAAUGAUCCUGACAAAGAGCUUGAAAUGACUAGAAGAAAAGAAAUGAUAAUGAUGAUGUCCUUACGUAGAAGAGCGGAGCAGGAAAAGAAAAAGAAUGAACAACAGCAAGAAUAUUUAAAAAAGAGAGAUGAGGAAAGGUUAAAACGAGAACAGCAAGAGAAGAAGAAAGAGGAAGAGAAACUAAGAAGGCAAUUAAUUUUGGAACAAUAUCGUCAACGAAAAGCUCAAGAAGAGGAAGAUGCUACUUCAGGAGGCCAUACGCGGGGCAGAGAAGAAAGAACUGCUGCUAGUAGGGGUGCCACAAUGACAAGGUCUAAGUCAAGGUCAGCAUCAGUCACACGACCUAGGCAGAGGAGUGGGCAGUCCAACAGUCGAAGCCAGACCCUAUCAUCUCCCUCUUCUUUGGAUUCUCCUGUUAAUAGGGGUUCGCAGUUUAAUUUAUCUGGUGGUUAUCCAGAUGAAGUAUCAUCAGAACAUGGAUAUGCACCAUCUCCCUGUCGAACCCGCAACUACCCUCACUCCUCACCUAUUUCGCCUACUUCGUAUCCUUCUUCCCCAGGACCCUUGCUCUCUGGCAUACUUGGUGGAAACAGUUUUCGAAAUCGAAGUACUCCAAGUGAUGGACUUUCAGAUAGUAGCUCAACUGUCUCUUCUGCCUGGGCGUCAGAGUAUUCUGGGCCUAAAUUGUUUGUGAAACCUUCAGCCAAAUCAAAUCGAAAUAUUGUUACAAAUGCAGUCAAUACUGUUUUAGCUGGUGCUGUCAAUUCAGAAACGAAGAAGAAAGUAGUGGAGGAAAUAGAACGUUCAGAAGGAAAGCAUUUUCUAAUCCUUUUUCGGGAUGCUGGUUGCCAAUUUCGUGCUCUUUAUUCCUAUAAUCCUGAAACAGAAGAAGUGAUCAAGCUGUAUGGAAUUGGUCCUAGAGUAAUUACUGAGAAAAUGUUCGACAGAUUUUACAAGUAUAACUCUGGUGGAAAGUCAUUUACUCAGAUACACACAAAGCAUUUGACAGCAACAAUUGAUGCCUUCACAAUUCAGAACAGCCUCUGGCAGGGUAAAAAGACAACAGUGGCCCCCAAAAGAGACUACUAUUAACUAGCUACUACACGAAGUGCCAACGUGAUAGUGCGGCCGUCCCUUGCGUUAAUUGAAUGUUCUGUAAAUAAUCACUGUAAAGUUGUUUCACUUCUGUUAACAUUCCACUAGCAACCAAACCAUUGCAGGGCUGUGAUUUAAAACAUUGUAGAGCUAUAUUUAUUAGAGUGAAAAGGUGACUGGGGACUGAUUGAUUGACUUGUAAAAUAUUAGUGUUGCUUUUAUAAAUACUUUGUACAGUGCGCUUUUCCUUGGUUGAUAGUUCACUUAUUUAACUCCACCUAACAGAAGAAAAAUGUUGCUGCUGUUCCUCUGGAUGUAUUAUAAGUACUUUUAAAAUGUUACCAUAACUUCUUCACUGACUUAGAAUGUGAAAAAAAAUUCUAUUUUUUUAUUUAUGCCAAAACAUAGUAGUUAUUGUUAUCUGUUGAAUCAUUGAAAAUGUUUAAUAAUUUGACAUUAAAAUUAAUCAAUUUUUUGAGAAAAAAAAAUCUGAA